AUGGCUUUCUUUGGACUCACUCAUCUGGGAUAUCAAAAUCCUAUUGGGGAUAAAUUAAUAGUUAGCUCCAGUAAACCAUCUCAGUUUUGGGCAUUGCAAUCCAGAGAGGACAAUUCUUUGGCAUCAGAACAGCUUGGGCCUGGAUCGUGUUCAGCUCCAGCAGAAAGUGGCACACUGCAGAAACCUCUUCCCUUCAGUUCAGAGAUCCAUCAAGGAAGUCAUGCACGGCACCAGCAGCUGAUCCGGGGCCUUCAAACUCCCAGGGCUCCCAAUGAGUUGUACCUGAUGCCUGUGACUGAGAACCAGCAGUACGGGUGGCUGCUCUCCCACAGCGCAGAACCAUGGCUCAAGAAUAAACGCUAUCCAAAGAAACACAGUGAAGUGACCAGAUUUGUAGCAGAAGCGGUGAAGUCAGACCCAGAGUUCACCCUGUUUUGA